AUGAUCGCUUUCGCGAGACCCUUUUCUGACCACUUACAGAGAGACCGAUCUCGUUCCCCCCGUCGCCGAUCGCGCAGUCCACGACGAAGUCGACGCUCCUACUCACCCCGUAGCCGCUCUCGCAGUCGAGGCGACGACUAUCGCCGAAGUGAUCGUCGAUCUCGAAGUCCCAUGAGCGGUGCACCGAACGCAUCUGGAGGAUACUCAGGGCCAGGCUACGCUGGUAGAGGUGGAGGACCACCGAGGUCAUUCGAAGAUCGAGCUGCCGCUAAAGAACAAAUGAUGCAGUCGGUACGAGAGGCUUCUCAACAAGAUCGUCGGGUCUAUGUUGGAAACUUGGCCUACGAUGUCAAAUGGCACCAUCUUAAAGAUUUCAUGAGACAGGCUGGAGAAGUUCUCUUUGCCGAUGUCUUACUUCUUCCGAAUGGAAUGUCGAAGGUGGGCGCCAUUGUGGAUGCGGGUGAGUUCCAUUUUUCUGACGUUUUUGGCCCACGGUUUCCUAACAUGUGUAGGAUUGUGGAAUACGCAACUAGGGAACAAGCCCAACAAGCCAUUCAAACACUCAGCAAUCAGAGUCUUAUGGGCCGUCUUGUCUAUGUCCGAGAGGACCGCGAAACCGAACCACGAUUUACCGGUCCACCCAGCCGCGGUGACUUUGGAAGCGGCCCAAGAGGCGGUUACGGUGGAGGCUAUGCCAUGGGGGGUGGUGUUGGUGGCGGUGGCGGUGGCAGCCGACAACUUUACGUCUCCAAUCUCCCAUUCAAUGUCGGAUGGCAGGAUCUAAAGGAUUUGUUCCGCCAGGCCGCACAGGAAGGCGGUGUUAUUCGAGCUGAUGUCCAUAUGGAUCCUACCGGUCGACCAAAAGGCACGGGCAUCGUCGCAUUCGAAUCUGCCAACGACGCUCGCAAUGCCAUUGCACAAUUCAACGGUUACGAUUGGCAUGGUCGCGCGCUCGAAGUUCGAGAAGAUCGAUACGCAGGCAGCACCGGUGGCAUGGGCUACGGAGGACGAGGAGGUUUCCAGGGAGGAUACGGCAUGCGCGGUGGCUAUGGUGGCCCUAGAGGAGGUGGUUUCGGUGCUCGUGGAGGCUUUGGUGGUGGUUAUUCUCGGGGCGGAUAUGGAGGUGGCUACGGAGGAGGUGGCUAUGGUGGUGCUCAAGAACAAGUCGCUCCCAACCCCUUCACCGAUUUUGCAACCUCUGGAGGGGAGAGAAGCCAGACUAUCUAUGUCCGAAAUCUUCCAUGGUCGACCAGCAACGAGGACUUGGUUGAACUCUUCACCACCAUUGGCAAAGUCGAACGUGCAGAAAUCCAAUAUGAGCCGAAUGGACGAUCUCGAGGAACUGGCGUGGUCGAGUUUGACACUGCUGAAAAUGCUGAGACUGCCAUUUCAAAAUUCACGGGCUACGUGUACGGCGGCCGGCCUCUUGGAUUGACUUACGUCAAAUAUACCAAUGCCAACGGCGGUGAAGCCAUGGAAGGACAGGAGACUACCGGAGGCAUGACUCAAGACCAGAUGAUGUGA